AUGGGUCCUCAGGCUCUUUCAUCACUGGCUUCAAUGGAAAUUCUGCUGUCACUGAUAACAUUGUGCCUCCUUCCUCAGGCUGCAUUCGGCAUAACCAGGCAUUACGAGUUCAAUAUCAAGUUGCAAAAUGUGUCACGACUGUGCCACACAAAGAGCAUGGUGACUGUGAAUGGGCUGUUUCCUGGGCCUCGCAUUGUAGCCAGAGAGGGUGACCGUCUGCUCAUCAAUGUCACUAACCAUGUUUCAAACAAUAUUUCCAUCCACUGGCAUGGCAUUCGACAGCUUCGCAGUGGUUGGGCUGAUGGACCAGCAUAUAUAACUCAGUGCCCUAUUCAAACUGGCCAAAGCUAUGUCUACAACUACACCAUUGUGGGCCAAAGAGGAACACUCUUCUGGCAUGCCCAUAUUUCGUGGCUAAGAUCAACAGUCUAUGGUCCUAUAAUUAUCCUCCCCAAGCGUAAUGCCUCUUACCCAUUUGCAAAACCCUAUAAGGAAGUUCCCAUCAUCUUUGGUGAAUGGUUCAAUGCUGAUCCUGAGGCCAUUAUUAGCCAAGCAUUGCAAACUGGUGGUGGUCCAAAUGUCUCUGAUGCCUACACAAUCAAUGGAUUUCCCGGGCCUUUGCAUGGCAUUCGACAGCUUCGCAGUGGUUGGGCUGAUGGACCAGCAUAUAUAACUCAGUGCCCUAUUCAAACUGGCCAAAGCUAUGUCUACAACUACACCAUUGUGGGCCAAAGAGGAACACUCUUCUGGCAUGCCCAUAUUUCGUGGCUAAGAUCAACAGUCUAUGGUCCUAUAAUUAUCCUCCCCAAGCGUAAUGCCUCUUACCCAUUUGCAAAACCCUAUAAGGAAGUUCCCAUCAUCUUUGGUGAAUGGUUCAAUGCUGAUCCUGAGGCCAUUAUUAGCCAAGCAUUGCAAACUGGUGGUGGUCCAAAUGUCUCUGAUGCCUACACAAUCAAUGGAUUUCCCGGGCCUUUGUACAACUGUUCUGCAAAUGAUACAUUCAAGCUGAAGGUGAAGCCUGAAAAGACUUACCUUCUCCGUUUUAUCAACGCAGCACUCAAUGAUGAGCUCUUCUUCAGCAUUGCAAACCACACACUCACAGUUGUUGAUGUCGAUGCCAAUUAUGUUAAACCUUUUGAGACGGACACAAUUCUCAUUGCCCCUGGACAGACCAGCAAUGUUCUUCUCAAGACCAAACCUCACUUCCCAAGUGCCACUUUUCUCAUCGAAGCUAGACCAUAUGCCACUGGCCUCGGAACCUUCGACAACUCCACCGUCGCCGGUAUUCUUGAGUAUGAACCACCAUUCCUUCAUUCAGCUGUUUCAAUGAUGAAGCUUCCUCUCUUCAAACCAACCCUACCUCCUCUCAAUGACACUUCCUUCGCCACCAACUUCACCAACAGGCUCCAUAGCUUAGCCAGUGCUCAAUUUCCAGCAAACGUUCCCCGGAAAGUUGAUAAGCACUUUUUCUUCACUGUAGGCCUAGGAACAAACCCUUGCCAGCAAAACCAAACCUGCCAAGGUCCCAAUGGAACCAAGUUUGCAGCUUCAAUUAACAACAUAUCAUUUAUACAACCAACAACUGCCCUCCUCCAAUCCCACUUCUCCGGCCAAUCCACCGGCGUUUACAGCCCAUACUUUCCGAUCAAUCCGACUCACUGGUUUAACUAUACAGGAAACCCUCCGAACAACACCAUGGUUGGCAAUGGAACCAAAGUUAUGGUUCUGAAAUUUAACACCAGUGUGGAGCUAAUCCUGCAGGACACAAGCAUUCUUGGUGCUGAGAGCCACCCUCUGCAUCUCCAUGGCUUCAACUUCUUUGUUGUUGGUCAAGGAUUCGGGAACUAUGAUCCGAAUAAGGACCCUAAAAACUUCAAUCUCGUCGACCCUGUCGAAAGGAACACUGUUGGUGUGCCCUCCGGCGGGUGGGUUGCUAUACGGUUCUUGGCAGAUAACCCAGGUGUAUGGUUCAUGCAUUGCCACCUGGAAGUCCACACCAGCUGGGGUUUGAAGAUGGCAUGGCUUGUCUUAGAUGGAAAGCUUCCCAAUCAAAAGCUCCUUCCUCCACCAGCAGAUCUUCCCAAAUGCUGAUCUUCAUACCUUCUCUGCCCAAAUUGCCUGAAGUGUUUUCUCUGUUUUUCCAAUUUCCCUUCCUGGCAUCCAUUUUUCUACUGACUUGUUUUGUCCAGUUUUGG